UUGGUGCAGUUGUCAUUAAAAACAAAAAAAUGAAGAAAUACCACUUAUUUAGUGCCGGGUGUCCGAGAUGCCAAAUGAUUGCAGAAUUUGCCACCAGAAUCGCACAGGCAAAUCGGACGGCGUACAGCGUUCCUCAUUCAUAGUGUGCGUUCGAGUCCUAACACAGAAAGUUCUGAAAGUGCGUACAGGCGGUGCACAGGAAAUAUAAUGUGUUACGCUGUUUAACUCCGUUAAAAACCUAUCUGCGACGGAAUAAAAGAUUAAUUCAAAUAUCUAACACAUAAAAAACCCAAGUGAAAGGGUACAAGUUUACCGCGCCCGUAUCUGUCGAUUAUCAUUGAUACAUUUUUAAUCUCUCGCAUCAAAUAAGUUAAACGGUUUGUGACAGAUGGAUAUUCACUGAUACGUUCGUUAGAAAGUUACUAAAAUGUAAUAGCGUUCGGAUGAAUUUAUACAUUACACCAUUUAAUAUUUAUUUGUCACCAGCUGAUUUCAGUGCAAAUGACGGUUGCGGGUUAAGCUGGAUAUUCGAAAAUUGGCGUCGACGGCAGGUAUUUCAACUUUGAGCGGAUGAAGUUGCCCCCAUGAUGCCCGUUAUGCUGAUCCAGCACCACUUGGCCGCAGACAUAUUCGAGUGCUUUACCGUUCGGAUGACGGUAUCUCAAUCACCGGCACACCGGGCAAUGCGCUACUACCGUAUCUGGAUAUACACGUGCAACACCGUACUGCUGGUCUGCGUCGUUUGCUUUGUAGUGAUCGCUUGCCGGCUGGUAGUCGCUGACCAGCGUCGGCACCUCGUACCCGACCUGGACCUCGCUCAUCCCAGCUUGCUGUAUGCCUAUGUUGCAUUAGCCGUCCAGUGCGGCUUCUUACAACUGGUCGGUUGCAUGGGAGCGAAGACUCUUAACGAACGGCUACUGAACAUCUACUGGCAUAUGCUACUGGGGUUGCUCAUCGGUGACGCUGUUCUGGGAGUAUACUGGGUGUACAGAUACGACAAAAUGAUCGCCAAACUUAAACCGGCACUGAGACACAAGUUAUCGGCAGAAUACGACUCCGAUCCACAAUUCACCAUAGUUUGGAAUGCCCUGCAGCGGGAACACAAUUGUUGCGGCGUAGACGGACCGCAGGACUUUUUUAAUGCCACCCUACAAUUUGAACAGCUCACAGAUUACAUGGCCAUCGUGCCGGAUAGCUGUUGUUAUCACCAACCGGAAGUAAUUGCUUCCCCUUUUCGAAGAGAUUACUGGCCUUCAUUAACAACAACGACGGUUGUAUGGACUACAGUACAAACAGAAGAACAUGACAACAUUGAGCAAAUGCCCAUCAAAUGCCGUUUAGCUGCCCAUAAAUAUUAUCAUCCAGGCUGUGAACGGGCACUGAUGGCUUGGAUACGCAGAACGGCAGACGUUCUGUUCGUAUUAUGCUAUUGCGUCAUAUCUUUUUUAAAGUUGUGUUUUUUGGGUAUCUUAAAAUAUGAAAUAAGAGAAAUGAUACAAAAAAUUAAAAUACUUCAUGGAGAUUCGGCUCGACUUGAACUAGUCAACAUACCUCAAGCUACCGGAAAAUUGUUACAAAAAGUCGAACACAACGGCAGUGUUAUACGCGUGUCCACUAUGAGACAAGAUACUUUAACGGAAGGGUGUUCCGAGGCGACAAAACCACUGAUAAAAGGUCGUUCUGUAGAAGCGACCUUUAGGGUAAAGUCGGCAAAUGUAGACGGCAAUGAGUCGGAUACAAACAGCCACAGCGCUUUGUUACUUUGCGAUGACAAGCUAUUGACAGGUUCAUCGAGUAAAAGUAACUACGAACUUCACGAACUAAAAGACGUCAACCGGCUGUUAAUCACAAGACAUAAAAACCAAGUAUGACUACGAAAAUAUGUGGCCGCUUGGUUCAGCGUGAUCGACAAAAACACCUCUAAGUUUCCGUUGCUGGCUAUGUCAAAACAAUACAAGAGUUGUUGAAAAUUAACCAAUAAAUCAACUCUAAGUUCACUCAAUAAUUAUAACAUUGUAUAAGUACAUAUAUAACUAUUAAUUAUACAAAAACCCUUAAAGAAAUCUCAACAUAUUGCUUUAUUAGCAAUCUGUUUUUGCUUGAAUAUAAAUAAAAUUAUAACUUGUAAUAUACACCUAAAUGUAAAUAUAUAAUAAUGUAUUCAAUAUGAGUAACGGUAAAAUUAUAUAAAUUGUAUUUAAUCAAGUGUACUUUUACUUAAAAAAGAAAACAAAAUUUCAGAAGUAUAAAAAAAACCUCGUCAAAACAUUUUUUAACAGAAUAACUAUUACACAAAUUGUGUUCACUGCGAUAAGAUAAUUAACGCGUUGAAUUGGGUAGAUUAGAUACAUACGGUGCUAUAACACUUCAAUUCUUCAGUGGAUUUUUUUUUUAAAUACAGAAUGUGUAAGCAAAUUGAAAUGAUUGUUACUAAAAAGCUUUAUUUUGUUUGCUUUAUGCUUCGUGAACCACUUUAAUCGUUUCCUUGUUACAUACAAUUCAUCAAAUUUUUUUUUUAAUUUAAUUUUAUUAUAGUUAUAAUAUGUGACAUUUUUUAAACUCUUAAAACUUUAUUAUUUAAUUUUUUAGAAUAAGUACUUAAUCACAGACAAAUAAUAAUAGACGAUCGUUAAAUGUAUGUACUCUUAAAAUAAUGAAAUUGUUCAAAUUGUUCAACAAGAAAAUUUAAUAACUCAAUUAAAAAUUAUUCUUAAUUAUUUUCUAAGUAACUAAAUAUUUAAAGACUAAUUAUUUUUUAGAGACUGAAUUUAUAUAAAAAAAGGAAUAAAUUGUUUUUAAAAUGUUUUUUUUUAAAUGGAUAAAUUAUAAUAUAUGAAGUAUAAUCCUAUUAAAUAAAGGUACAUAUGAGUCUAUGGGAUCCACAUUGAUACAUUUUCUUUAAAUUAAAAUUUUAUAAUAUUCGGACAAUUUUUUGAAUAAAAUAUUUGUCAUGAUAUAUAUUGAUAAAUAUGUAAUUGAAAAUAAAUUUUAAUAGAGAUGUAUUUACAGGACCUACUUAAAAAGGACUCUACUAUAUUAAAAUUAAAAAUUUUUUAUUUAUUCUUGUUAAAAUAGUGAUUUAGAAAUGCAGAAAGUCUCAUACAUCAUAAGUUUUUGAUCAAUCAAAUUAUUUAUCCACUGAAAAAUAUAUUUUAAUUCAAUUCUUAACUCUUAUAAUUUAAUAAUCAAAUUAAUAAAACCAAAACUCAGAAAUUAAAAACAAUGAUAGUCAAUUUUAAAAAAAUAAACAUGAAGUUCAAUAGAUACUAAAUAUAUCAAAAUGAUUAUUAUUUAUAUACUGUUAUAGUCUGUACAGCCUAAGAACAAAUAACUUACAUAAUGUGAUUUAAAAGU